AUGGCUGCUGCAGUUUCCUCUUCCUCUACUUCAAUCUUCGACUUCAAAAACUCCGGCCCGCCAGAUGACACGGUUUUCUACUCCAUCUUCUCGGACUCUUCCCUCACCUCAUCAUCCUCCACCGCCGAGCUCCAGUCGCUCCACCUCCGAAUCCUCCACCACAUCGCACCGUUCACCGGCCCGUACAUCUGGCAGCACCAACCAUUCUCUCUCUCCAUCGCCCCAACUCCCGUGCCUCACCUCGCCGGCCACCUCCGUUUCGGUGACAACCUAGAGGACGAGUGGUUCGCCGUCUUCCUCCUCUUCGAAAUCUCCAAGGCCUUCCGCGAACUCUCCAUCCGCGUCUGGGAUUCGGACGGCGAGUUCCUCCUGAUUGAGUCCGCCUUCCACCUCCCGAAAUGGCUGGACCCGGACACCUCCGCCAAUCGGGUCUUCAUUCGCCGUGGUCUCCUCCACAUCAUCCCGAGAUCGAGUUUUCGCUCGACACCAAAUUUGGAAGAUGCUCUGCGAUUUCUAGCCAACUCAGGGGAUGAUUUGGUUACGCGGGCCCCGGAUGCCGUUCAGCUGCAAUUGAGUAGGAAAAUUGGCGAGUAUCCCGACCGUGCUUACAAGAACGUGCACAGGGUUAGGGUUAGGUUGCCGGUUUCAGUGGCGUGGGUGUUGCGGCAUGAGCCGAGCUUGAUUUCGUUGGCGGUCGAGGGGUUUUAUGACAGAGAUAUCGACACUAUGAAGUACGCGGCUAAAAUGGAGAAGUUUUUGUCCAACGGGAAAGGAGAGGAGAUGGUGGAGGUGGUGGUGAGGAUGUCGAGGGCGAUGUACGCACAGCUGAUGCAGCAAAAGUUUCUGGCUCCGAGUUGCUUCCCCAUGCCGGAUAGGAGCAAUGUAGGAAAGUAUAUGGAGGCAGAAUUGGGGAUGAAGAUUACUUGUGGUUUUGAGAUGAUGUAUCAAUUGAGAAAAAAGAAAGGGGAUGAAGGGAAGGGGAGUACGUGGGAAGCUUUCAUGGGGAGCUUGGAGAGUAAUGGUUAUUUUGAGGGGUUGUUGCCAGGGUCUAUGGAGUACAAGAGGUUGAUGGAGAAUGCUGAGGGGUACUACCGGAAUAGUUCGCUGUACAUUAGGGCCAGAGAAGUAUUAAGUGCACCCAUUAGACGCAUAGAUGAAGUUCUCGCACUUCCUCAUUCAGCUGAUGAUUUCCAGAAUCAUGAGCUACCUCCAUCAGAUGAUGAUUCAUGGCUGUAUGGUGGUGAAGAUGAAUUCAAUGCUGCUCUUCAGGAUAGGCAAAAGGAGAUGGAAAUUUACAAUUUGGAACAAAAGAAGAAAAACAAGGGAAAAGAGCAGCAGGAGGAAGGUGCUUCAGCAUCUGGCAAGGAUUUUGACGAGUAUGAUCUUGGGGGGAUCGCUAAAUCCAUGAAGGCAUUUGUUAAGAAAAUCUCCAGUUAUGAAGGAGCUGAGGUUCCAAAUGACAGCAACAUGAAAGACGUGGAGUUUGAUGUGGAUCAAUUUAUGAAAGACAUGGAAACUGUAAUGGGGCAGCGUGGCUCUGAAGAUAAUGACAGUGAUCUUGAUGUUAAUGUUGAUGAAGGAUUAUCUUCAGACCUUGAUUUUGAUGACUAUGAGGAUGAGAGUGAGCAUUCAGAGGAUAAUGAAGAGGGAGGAGAUGAGUUCAUGCGUUCCUAUUCCGAUGUUCUAAACAAGGAAUUGAAAGCUACCACACUUGAUAAGACCUUUGUUCAUGCUCAAGACCAAUCUUCUAAGAAGAAUGACGAGGGAACUUCAACUGGUAAUGAUGACAUGGAUGAGUUCACCCCAGUGGAUGUCGAUAUGAACUUGGUAAAAAAUUUCCUCGAUUCUUAUUCUUCUCAAGAAGGAUUGUCUGGCCCUGCUUCCAAUCUUCUAGGACUCAUGGGUUUAAGGUUGCCUGAUGAUGCUGGCAAAGGCAAAUGA